AUGCUGAAGUUGCGGGUUGCUAGGUGCGCCGCUUGCCCUACAGGUGAGCACUGUGCAAACUGCACAGAGGCCAACAUCGCAAGAUUGCACAAGCAAUGGAGUGCGGCAGACCGAUCCGAUGAUGUGGACAAGGAUAUCUUCAACAAACUUUUUACUCUCAGAUAUGGUCGGACAUCAAUCAAUACAGCAUUUUAUCACAAGUACUUCACCAAUUUCUCUCAGUCAAUGAAAUGGCGGCGAGAGUCGUUGGGGAAGUACAUUGAUGCCAUCUGCAACGGAACUUUGGAGAGCAUGCCGCUCUCAUCUGCAUCCAUACCCAGCGACGCGUUCACACAACUUUCGACCGAUGAUCUCUUGGAGCGAUGUUCUGAGCUUACCCGACAUCUGCAGAAGCUACACACAGAACUCGCAAGACGCAAGCAGCACGAAGUCUUUGUCAGCACGCAGGAGCCCGAUGAAGAAGACAGCUAUUUUGCUGACUCUGCCUUCUCCGAUGUUGACCUGGAAGAAACUCUCGCAGUCUCGACGCAAAAUACAACCCUAUCAGCAACUCAAUUACCAACUUCUCCAGGCUCUCAGCCUGGAAGCAGCCUCCUGGAGGGCCAAAGGGUUCGCAACAUGUUCCUCAAAUAUUGGUCUGAAGGCGAUGAUCCCCGAGCAUUCAGAUUUGUCAAGAUCCCAUUCCACACUCCGAGAUUUCUGGCCCUGUUGCUGGAUCUAGCACGGCAUUACUCGUGGGAUCAAGUCACACACAUGGUCAACUAUGCCAUUAUUGAGCGCGUUCGUCACUUCAGAAAUUCUGAGGAUAAAGAUCGAUACCCAAAACUCGAUGACUGGCAAAGAGUUCUGGACGUUUGUAGCAGCCUUGGCUUCCCGUUGAUCAAGCCCGAGAAACUUCGAAAAGAUGAUCUGGUGGCUAUCAACUUCCGAAUGACGGAUAAGGGUCUCGUCAAAGAAGGACACUCAUUCAUCCCCUACGCUAGCCGACUCGGUAUGUGCAUCGAGCGAGGCCCAUCUUGCCAGCCGCUGCCUGUAGGGCCGCGAAUAUUCACUCGUGCCUACAUGAUGAGGUGCUCCGAACACGAUGACGGCUGA